AUGGUUACGCCUUUCGUGCGAGUCGGAACUUACCCGACAAGGAAUUUCGCUUUGGAGAGUUCCACGGAGAACUGUGGAAGGAGGAUGUGGGCAAGCAAGGGAGCUGACCAAGAAUCGGCAAAGGCGGAAUUCAUAGAAUGCUUGAAACUGUUAGAAGGAGAACUUGAGGAAAUGCCUUACUUCCAUGGGGACCAUUUUGGUCUCUUGGACAUUGCCCUAAUACCAUUCUCUUGCAGAUUCUAUACAUAUGAGACAUUUUGCAGAUUCAGCCUAGAGAAAGAACGUCCUAGGCUCGUGGAAUGGGUGAAAAGGUGCAAUCUUAGGGAAAGUGUUUCCAAGACCCUGCCAGAUCCAUAUAAAGUCUACGACUUUGUUUGUCAACAGAAGAAAAUGCUCUAA